AUGCAUUUGGGCAAUUUGGAGCUCUGGAGAGCCUCUGCUCUUUCUGGUCCCCGCCGGCUGGAGGGAGGGUCUGGCUUUUGCGUGUCUGCAGGAGAGAGAUCUGCAGUGUUCUUUGAGGAUGUAGCCGUGUUCUUCAUGGAGGAGGAAUGGGCUGUGCUGGAUCCAGGUCAGAGAAAACUCUUCUGGGAAGUUAUGGAGGAAAAUUACGAGACAGUUGCGUCUCUGGGAAACUACAUUACCCAGAAGGCCUUGCGAGCACCAGAGAAGUUAACACUGCCUUUCCUAGGUGUUCAUGGUGUGGUUUUCCCACAAAAUCAAGAAGUAGACUUCCGGAAUAUGCAGUUCCACAGGGCCUCUUUUCUUUCUCUUUUUCCUCACCUGGAAGGAAAAUUUGGACCUUGGACCCCUGUAGGAAAGAGAUACCCACUGACCUUUGAAGAGGUAGCUGUGUUCUUCACAGAGGAGGAAUGGACUCUGUUGGAUUCAGGCCAACGAAAACUCUUCUGGGAAGUGAUGAAGGAAAAUUAUGAGACUGUGGCUUCUCUGGUUGCAUAUGUGAGAGAGAUGUUGAGUGAGAAGCACUCAGGAAGGAAGGUUGUGGAAAAAGACGAUGCUCCAAAAGUGGAAUACAAAUCUGGGGAUGAAGCAGUAGCAAGGCAAGACUGCAGAAGGAAAUGGGAAGUAAAAGAGAAGCAAAGGAAGAAACUGGUUGACUGUCAGAGCAGAAGCAAGCCUGAGGUCUCAGCCCAAAAUGGAAAUCAGAAGAGAAAGAAAAGAUGUAAUGGUCCCAUUAAUGAAAAAAGGUUCAGCGGCAAAUUCAGCGGGGGGAAAAAUAAGACGGUUACAACAUGCUGGAAAAUGUAUAAUUGCUUGCAAUGCAAAAAGAGCUACUGCUGGAGUAGUGUGCUAAAAAUACAUGAAAGGAUACACUCAGGCGAGAAGCCGUAUAAAUGCUUGGAAUGUGGAAAGUGCUUCUCUCAGAAUGGCCACCUAACUACACAUCAAAGGAGUCACACGGGGGAAAAACCAUAUGAAUGCCUGGAGUGUGGAAAAUGCUUCUCUCGAAAUGGUUGCCUAACUAAACAUCAAAAGAUUCACACAGCAGAGAAGCCAUAUAAAUGCCUGGAGUGUGGAAAGUGCUUCUCUCAAAAUGAUUGCCUAGCUAAACAUCAAAAUGUUCACACAGGGGACAAACCAUAUCAGUGCUUGAAGUGUGGAAAGGUUCAUACAGGGGAGAAGCCAUAUAAAUGCUUAGAAUGUGGAAAAUGCUUUUCUUGUAGCAGCUCCCUUUCUUUACAUGAAAAGAUUCAUACAGGUGAAAAGCCCUAUAAAUGCUUGGAGUGUGGGAAGUGCUUCUCUCGAAAUGGCGUCCUCACUGAACACCAAAAAGUCCAUACAGGCGAGAAGCUCUAUAAAUGCUUGGAGUGUGGAAAGUGCUUCUCCUACCGUAGCUACCUAACUGUUCACACAGGGGAGAAGCCAUAUAAAUGUUUGGAGUGCGGAAAAUGCUUCUCUGAGAAUGGUAAACUAACUGUUCAUCAAAGAAUUCAUAUAGGGGAGAAACUUUUUAAAUGCUUGGAGUGUGGAAAGUGCUUCUCUCAGAAUGGCUACCUAACUAAACAUGAAAAGGUUCACAUCGGGGCGAAGCCCUAUAAGUGCUUGGAGUGUGGAAAGUGCUUCUCUCUAAAAGGCAAACUGAGUAGGCAUCUAAAGGUUCACACAGGGGAGAAGUCAUAUGAAUGCUUGGUGUGUGGAAAGUGCUUUUCACAUAAUGGCUAUCUAACUGUACAUCAAAGGAGUCAUACAGGGGAAAAGCCCUAUAAAUGCUUGGAAUGUGGAAAAUGCUUCUCUCAGACUGGCCACCUAACUGCUCAUCAAAAGAUUCAUUCAGGGGAGAAGCCAUAUAAAUGCUUGGAGUGUGGAAAGUGCUAA